GACCGGUGUCAGCGCCACAUGUCAACACAUUGUGCCGGCAUUGUCCGUCUUGCGCGCGCGAGGAGAGGAGCCGCUUCGUUUCCCAUUGUUUUCACGGCGAUCCGAGGUUGACGGGCGUUUCGGCGAGAUGAACGACGAUCUGCCGUACCUGGUGGAGUACGCGAAGAGCGACCGGUCUAAGUGUCAAUUAUGCAAACAGUCCAUCUGCAAGGCUAGCCUGAGGCUCGCCGCCAUCGUUCAGAGCCCCGUUCAUGAUGGGAAGAUACCCAAAUGGUAUCACACCAAAUGCUUCUUCUCAAAACAAAGACCAAAGUCUACCAGUGACAUAGCUUGUUUCGAUGAGAUUCGUAACGAAGAUCAAGAUACUAUUCGGAAGAACCUCGAGAAAUCUCUUAACGCGCCUCCUGCAGCGAAGGGGAGGAAAAGGACAAAAGGUGCUGGCGGUUCUGGAGACUUCAGAGUUGAAUACGCCAAGUCUAGUAAAUCCACCUGUAGAGGAUGCGAGGAAAAGAUAAUAAAGGGCGAAACGAGAAUAUCAAAGAAGGAUUAUGAGAGCGAGGAAGCUAGGAGGUUUGGCGGUUUGGACAGAUGGCAUCACGUGGAGUGCUUUGCAAAAUUAAGACCGGAAAUGGGAUAUUACGGGAGGGGAGACGAGCUUCCAGGUGCCAAAGAACUCUCGAAGGAAGAUCGUGAAAGUCUCAAGGCUGCACUGCCCAAAAUGACUGAGGGCGACAUACCACCGCCUCCUAAAAAGGUUAAGGACGAGCCGGAAGACGCCGAGGAGGAAAAGUUGAUGAAAAAGCAAAAUGAAAAAUUAUACGCUAUAAAGGAUCAAAUAUCAACACUUGAUAAAAAAGACAUGAUUGAGAUAUUGGAACUAAAUGAUCAGGAGAUUCCAACUGGGCUAUCAAACAUCCUAAGUCUUUUAUCUGAUAUACUGUAUUUUGGAGCUCUACAACCCUGUCCAAAAUGUGGAGGACAAUUUAUAUACAACUCUGGUUUGGGUUAUAAAUGCACUGGUAAUGCAACAGAAUGGACUAAAUGCGAAUAUGUUACGCAAGAUCCGAAAAGAAAAAAGUGCGAAAUACCAAGUGAUUUGAAGGAUGAUUUCCCAGUUAGGUCAUACAAGUCUAAGGUACAAAAACGAGUGUUUAAACUAACAGUGCCGUCAUCGUCAAGUUCUAUUAAGAAGGAGGGAGAUGAAACAGAUGGUCCGAAAGUACAAGGAAAACCACGUCCUUUGAAGAACAUGCAGUUUGUUAUAAUAGGUCGUACACAGAAAGAUAAAGAGGAAUUGAAAAAAGAAAUUCAAUUAUUAGGUGGUACUGUUGUAACAAAAAUCCAUCAAGAAUUGGCCGCUGCAAUUUCGAAUGAAAAUGAAGUGAAAAAGAUGACUAAAAGAAUGGAGGAUGUUAAAUCGCACGACAUUCAAGUAAUAACGGAAGAUUUUAUAGAAGAAGCGAAAGAGUACACAGAUGCUCCCAUCAUGCUCCUAAAAAAGAAAACCAUUUCUAGCUGGGGUGGCGACAUUGCUGCUAGACUUGGUAACGUCAUCGCAAAAUCUACUGCCUCCAAGAGUAAGAGCAGGUUUGAGAAGUCGAGUUCUGGUAAAGUGAAGGUAAAGGUAAAAGGAGGUGGAGCUGUUGAUCCCGAUAGCGGUUUAGAAAAUUAUGCGCACGUUUAUCAAAGAGGCAAAGACAAAUACACCGUGACGUUGGGUCUAACGGACAUCCAGUCGAAGAAAAACAGUUACUACAAGUUGCAAAUUCUGAAACACGACAAUCAAGAGAGGUAUCACUUGUUUAGAAGUUGGGGCCGGAUCGGCACCACAAUUGGCGGCAAAAAGUUGGAGGGAAUGUCUUUGGAAGAGUGUAUAGAACAGUUUGAAUCGUUGUACGAGGAAAAGACGGGCAAUCAGUGGAAGAAUAGAGAGAAUUUUGUUAAGAUGGCGAAAUUUAUGUAUCCAAUUGACAUAGAUCAUGGAGAUCAGGAGGUUGCUUCUCUAGAUUCGGACAUCAAGAGCAACUUGCAGAAACCGAUUCAGGAUCUGAUGCGCCUUAUUUUCGACGUAGCCGAGAUGAAGAAAGUUCUCCUGGAGUUCGAGAUAGACAUGGACAAGAUGCCGCUCGGGAAAUUGUCCAAGAAACAAAUUGAGAAAGCUUAUGCCGUUCUAACGGAAUUGCAAGAGAUACUGAAGAAGGCUAAUAUAGACCGCACUGUAUUGAUCGAUGCUUCCAACAGAUUCUAUACACUGAUACCGCAUAACUUUGGGAUUUCCGGACCGAAAAUUCUCGAAACGUCGGAAGAGAUUCAGAGCAAAUGCGACAUGCUGGACGCGCUGCUCGAGAUGGAGAUCGCGUACAACCUUUUGUGUGACAAGACCGAUGAGAAGGAGAAUCCGCUCGACGGUCAUUACAAGCAGUUGAAGACGGACAUCGACGUGUUGGACAAGACCAGCGAAGAGUUCAAGAUGAUCGAGCAAUACGUCCAGAAUACUCACGCGGCUACUCAUACGCAGUACGCUCUCGAGAUCGAGGAUGUGUUCGUCGUCAAGAGACAGGGCGAAGAACAAAGAUUCAAGCCCUUCAAGAAAUUGCCCAACAGAAAGCUGCUCUGGCACGGGUCCAGGACUACGAAUUACGCGGGAAUACUGUCUCAGGGUUUGCGUAUCGCGCCGCCGGAAGCGCCCGUUACCGGUUACAUGUUCGGCAAGGGUAUAUAUUUCGCCGACAUGGUGUCGAAGUCCGCGAAUUACUGCUGCACCCACAGCAACAGUCCAACCGGUUUGUUGCUGCUUUGCGAGGUCGCCCUGGGUAAUAUGUACGAGAGAUAUCAAGCCGACUACAUCGAGAAGCUACCGAAAGGGAAGCACUCGACGCUCGGUCGUGGUCAGACGCAACCCGAUCCGCAAACCGUCUACAAAACCGAGGACGGCGUUGAAGUGCCCUAUGGAAAGGGAGUACCUGCCAAUAUUAACAAAAAUUCGGCAUUGUUAUACAAUGAAUACAUCGUAUAUGAUGUGGCUCAGGUAAAAGUACGAUACAUGGUAAGGAUGAAUUUCAAAUACAAAUAUUAAGAUACGUAACACGAAGGUGUGACGUUCAGGUUUAAGGUGCAGUUAAGAUUUUUAAUCUUGUGAGAUUUAUACGAAUUCCAUUUACUAUUAUUAAUUAAAGAUGUUACUACAUAAAUUCCAGUGAAGAUUUCGCUAGUGUUACAAAUAUUGAACUUCAUGGAACUGUUUUACUUUCAAUGAUAAUCUUUUGAAUUAUACGUGUUUUUUGUUGUGUAUGCAAUUUGUUUCACGAGCACCAAAUAAGUGUUUGCUACCUCGAAUAUUGAUUGUAAGGUCAUAUAAUAAAUUUUUCACAAAACCAAG